CUGCAUCAGAGAGAGAGAGAGAGUUGAAAGGGUUAGCCGGAGUCAAACAGAAUCAAAACGCUGUCGCAUCAGUGUUACACUGACUCUCCUUUGCGCUCCUUCUGCAACUUCAAACUCAAUCUUGCAAUGCCCAACAUACAACAAGAACCCACCACCAUCAACUCUGAUUCAACAAAACCCCAUUUUUAGAAAUUGAAAAAGACUCUGUCUUUGUUAUUUUCUUCUUCAUCUCUCUUGUGGCAGAGCCUAACUGCUACUUUGGCUGUGUCAUAUUCUAUUCAACUUGUCAUUUUCUUUUUCUUAUUUUUCUUUCCGCCCUCUUUCUUUUUUUUUUCUUUUUAAUAUUUUUCAAUUAAAAAAUCGUUCUUUUGUUGGUGGGUUUCGUCAACCGAAGAAUCUGAAGCGUUGCGAGAGAGAGAGAGAGAGAGUUAUAGAAAAAUAAAGAACAGGUAGAUAGAGAAAUAGGGAGAGUGUCACACUCACACCAAAGUUUGAAGAUUCAACGGCCUUAUUUUGCGACUGAGAAUGCAUACAUGUCUGGAUCUUUUGGUCAGCGGUGAAUGAUAAUGAUAAUAAGACAUGGUGGAUCAGCGAAACAUAGUAUCGUUUAUUCCCUUGUUCUUGUUGUUGUGGUUGAAGCUGUUUCAUUUUGAGCUCACAUUGGAGCAGCAGGUUCAGCAACUGAGUUCACCAGCUGAAAGAGCAGCACUGCUUCAACUUCGGUCCUCGCUCGGAUUGAGGUCCAAGGAAUGGCCAAGAAAGGCUGAUCCUUGCUCAAACUGGAUUGGUGUAAGGUGCCAGAAUGGUAGAGUUGUUGGGAUCAACAUCUCUGGCUUUAGGAGAACCAGAAUUGGUCGGCGAAAUCCACAGUUUUCUGUAGAAGCCUUGGCCAAUUUGACCCUCUUGCAGUCCUUCAAUGCCUCCAAUUUCCGGCUUCCCGGUCCUAUCCCUGAUUGGUUUGGCCAGAAGCUCCAUUCACUUCGUGUGCUUGAUCUUCGGUCUUGCUUCAUUACCGGUGUUAUUCCCCCUGGUGUUGGGAAUUUAACCAACCUGACUAGCCUCUAUCUGUCUGAUAACAAUCUAACUGGUGUGCUUCCUAAUAGUCUUGGUCAACUCUCAGUACUUUCAGUUCUUGAUCUCUCCAAGAAUUUUAUUAAUGGAUCCUUGCCAACAUGGUUUGCAUCUCUUGGGAAUCUUUCUUCCCUUGACAUCUCGGCUAAUCAUCUAUCCGGCUCAAUUUCCCCUGGCAUUGGGACACUAUCUAAGUUGCAAUUCUUAGUGCUGAGACAGAACAAUUUCACUGGUGCUUUACCUAUAGAGCUUUGGUCUCUGCCACAACUGAGCUUCCUCGAUGUCUCCAGCAAUAACUUCACUGGCCAGCUUCCAAAUUCUAGUUCCAUUGCUAAUGCUACUGUUGGGCAGCUCAAUAUUUCCCAUAACAUGUUUUAUGGAGGCCUUACUACUAUGCUUAGAAGGUUUAGUUCUGUUGAUCUGUCAGGCAAUUAUUUUGAAGGCAAUGUUCUGGACUUCAUGGUUAAUGCAUCUAUAGGUAGGAAUUGCCUCCGAAAUGUGACAGGGCAGAGGACACUAGCAGAAUGUGCAUCAUUUUAUGCUGCAAGGGGUCUCGCUUUUGAUAAUUUUGGACGUCCGAAUUCAACAGGAGAUUCUGCAGGAAAGGCGUCCGGAAUGAGCAAUAAAACUAAAAUUUUAAUUGCAGCGAUCUCAGGUGGGGUUGGUUUAUUUGUGCUGCUGCUGUUACUCAUUCUGCUUCUGCUAUGCAUUCGUAAGAGGGGUAAUUCAAGUCAAAGGGGGAACGGCGUGGGUCCUGCCCCAGCUGGAGGCAGUCCUCCACAUCCCGGUGCUGGUUCAUCAAUAAAGUUCUCAAGUGUAGGAGAUUCAUUUUCAUAUCAUGAACUACUUCAGGCUACAAGUGAUUUCAGUGAUUCAAGUCUUAUUAAACAUGGUCACAGUGGGGACCUCUUUAAUGGUGUUUUGGAAAGUGGCAUUCCUGUAGUCAUCAAAAGGAUUGACAUCCGAUCAACUCAGAAGGAUGCUUACUUGUCGGAAUUGGAUUUUUUCAAUAAGGUUUCUCAUCCGAGAUUUGUUCCCUUGUUGGGUCACUGCUUAGAGACUGAGAAUGAAAAGUUUCUCAUUUAUAAAGCUAUGCCAAAUGGAGACUUGUCGAGUUGCUUGCACUACAAAAAGACGGUGUCUGAAGAUGAUAAAUUGAAGUCACUGGACUGGAUAACAAGGUUAAAAAUUGCUACUGGAGCAGCAGAGGCCCUGGCUUAUCUACAUCAUGAAUGUAAUCCACCAAUUGUUCAUAGAGAUGUCCAAGCAAGCAGUAUACUUUUAGAAGAUAAAUACGAAGUUCGGUUAGGGAGUCUAAGUGAAGCAUGCCCUCAAGAUGGGGAUACUCAACAAAGCAAGAUUACCCGGUUGCUACGGUUGCCCCAGUCUUCUGAACAAGGCACAUCUGGUUCAUCAACAUCGGUUUGUGCCUAUGACGUGUAUUGUUUUGGGAAAGUUUUACUUGAGCUGGUGACUGGCAAGCUGGGAAUCAGUGCAGCCAGUGAUGCCGAAGCGAAGGAAUGGCUGGAGCAGAUUCUACCUUGCAUUACUAUUUAUGACAAGGAGCGUAUAACAAAAAUAGUGGAUCCAUCUCUUAUCGUUGAUGACGAGGAUUUAUUAGAGGAAGUGUGGGCAGUGGCCAUUGUUGCCAGGACUUGCCUAAAUCCUAAACCUUCAAGAAGACCCCAAAUGAGACAUGUUCUGAGGGCUUUAGAAAACCCUUUUAAAGUUGUAAGGGAAGAAAAUUCCAGUUCUGCUCGGCUUAGAUCAACUUCAUCGAGAGGCUCAUGGAACGCUACAUUGUUUGGUAGUUGGCGUCAGAGUUCAUCCGAUGUAGCAGUAAUUCCAGCAGCCUCUAGUACAAGAAUAGAAAGAGAGAGUAGUUUAAAGCAUUCGGGAACUACCGGCUCGGAGAUUAGCCUCCAAAAUGUUGGUGGUGAUAUGUCAUCCAUAUCUCCAGAACCAUCUGGAGUUGAAGGCCUGAAGUCUUGAAUAUUGGUGAUGAUAUAUCAGGCUUUCCAUUUGUGUUUCUGUUCACUAAUACCACUUGCUCUUAUUGAUUUUGAGCAUUGCAUUUGGUAUUGGAAGGUGCAUAUUGUAUAUUUCUAAGGUCAAAGUUGCAUUCAUAUCCCUUGAACUUUGUCACUUUUCAAAGGGGAUUGGGUUGUUUUUCAUUUUCAGUGGUUAUCAGAGUAAUUUGGUGGACAGAUAGAGAGAUAUGGAGAGCCAGAAGGAGGAUGAAUGCCAUGGUAGAUAAUGCAUAUUUUUUAUUGCUUGUUUUGGAUAGAAACAAGCCACCAUUUUUCCCCUCCCACUUGUAAUUGAUUUUUGAUUUUUUUAACCCAUUGUCUCUGUUCCUA